AUCAUUUUAUUUUGCAGGAAGAGAUCGGACAUGAAUGAUUCUUUAAAAGUAAUAAUGAAUGGGAUUGUGGCGAGAGAGAGAGAGAUGCGAGCGUGAAACCACAGAGCCAUGAAUGAACCCGCACGCGGAGAAAUGGCAGGAAGUAGGACACGGGCUGCUUUUCCACAUCGCAGCCACCAGGCGGCGGUGUUUCUUCCCUCUCCGUGUGGAAUCGCUCCACUUUGGAUUGUUUGAUCUCACGCUGGGAAGGUUUGAAGUGGCGGCUCCAUGUCACACAUGCGUACGGACAGAGUGAAUGGCGCGCGGGCGCAGGAGUGACUCCGAGGGAGCAGAGAGAACGGAGAGCCAUACCAGAGCUGAUCCUCGGCAGCUGGGUAAAACCUUCACAGGGGGUUGGAGGAGGAGAGAGAGCGGAAAAAGAGGCGCUCGUGGAGAAGAUGAACAUGACACCCGUGGGAGGUUAUUGUAUUAAAACCACCGGUGUCCACUGUGUAGGACUCGCGGAGGAGUCACGGGAGAUGUGAAAUCGGUUCAGCUGGGGGAAAAAAGUUUUGCAGCUGUUUAUUACAAUGGUCAUAAAUGGGUCUCACCUGAACAGCUCCGCUCAGGACCCCAGUGACGCCGCGUUGAGCCGCCCGCCGUGGGUCACCACAACUUUGGGCUGCUUUCUCAUCUUCACCAUCGUGGUCGACAUCCUGGGGAACCUGCUGGUCAUCUUCUCCGUGUUUCGAAACAAGAAGCUCAGGAACGCAGGAAACAUCUUUGUGGUUAGCCUGGCGGUGGCGGACCUCGUGGUGGCCAUCUACCCAUACCCUCUGGUCCUCACCUCCAUUUUCCACAAUGGCUGGAACCUGGGUAACGUCCACUGCCAGAUCAGCGGCUUCCUCAUGGGUGUCAGCGUCAUUGGCUCCAUCUUCAACAUCACCGGCAUCGCCAUCAACAGAUACUGCUACAUCUGUCACAGCCUCAAAUACGACAAACUUUACAGUGACAAGAACUCCGUGUGCUAUGUGAUUCUAAUAUGGGCACUGACUGUGGUGGCUAUUGUGCCCAACCUGUUUGUGGGUUCGCUCCACUACGAUCGGCGGGUUUACUCCUGCACCUUCAAGCAGUCAGCCAGCUCGGCGUACACGAUCGCAGUGGUGUUUUUCCACUUCAUUCUACCCAUCAUGAUUGUCACCUACUGCUACUUGCGCAUUUGGAUAUUGGUUAUACAGGUACGGCGACGGGUCAAGCCAGACAAUCGGCCCAAACUGACGCCGAACGAUGUCCGGAACUUCGUCACAAUGUUUGUGGUGUUUGUGCUCUUUGCCGUUUGCUGGGCGCCGCUCAACUUCAUCGGCCUAGCUGUAGCAAUCAAACCGGAGGUCGUCGUUCCCCUCAUCCCCGAGUGGUUAUUUGUGGCCAGCUACUUCAUGGCUUACUUCAACAGCUGCCUUAACGCCAUCGUAUACGGCGUGCUGAACCAGAACUUCCGGCGGGAGUACAAGCGCAUUGUGGUGUCGGUGUGUACAGCUCGCAUCUUCUUCCAGGACAGCUCCAACGACGCAGCGGAGAGACUCAAAAGUAAACCGUCGCCGCUCAUGACCAACAAUAACCAGGUCAAGGUGGACUCUGUCUGAACCAGAACUCACAGACUAGAUUUUUUUAUGCUGGAAUUGAGAGUUUCUCUAUUUUUUAAGGCUGACUGACAAAAAAAAAACCCAAAUAUAAACAUUAAACAGCUUCUGUCCUCUGGGCUCUUAAGACGUUCACACUGUACGGUGCUAUCUGACCUCGGAACAAUCACAGUAAAAACAGAUGUUUCUAUAUUCUUUCUCUUUGUAACAAGCACUUUGUUUGACUCUACAGUACACGUAGUAAAUUAAAUGAGUAAUGUCUGCUUUGUUUUCAUAUUUGCAUUGAUGAUAUUAAUGUAGACUUCAAUUAUUUUUGUGAAUCUCAAAUUAUACAUACCACUGGCAGAUUUAGAUAACGGAAGUCAUUUUCAUUUAACCAGCAAGAAUAGGCAUAUUUAAAAAAAUGAUACAACCUUAGAAUGAGUAUACAUAUGUAAUUUUUUUUUUUUUUUUUUACAAAACAUUCUUAAUAGUGGAUAGAAAAAAUGCUUUAUUGGCAUAACAGGAAUCAACCCCUCCUCAAAGUUUUUUUUUUCUUUUUUCCACACUGAAUCACAUUCAAAGCUUGGGGAUUUCUAAUCUUUCAAGUCUGAGAUUAUGGAACUGAAAUACCAAGAUGAUAUACAUGUUAACUUGGGUGCCGACAAAUGAGGAUAAAAUCCCAAAAGAUUCAUAUCUAAUUUAGGUGUAAGGUGACCCUUUUAUUUUACUACCAUGUUUCCUCUGGAAUCACUGAUUUGUUGAAGUGACCCAGUCAGAGUCCCAACUUGAUCUGGACUGAGACUCGGUGGAGGGAGCUAAAGUCCAGGGAGUCUUCAGCGACUCGGAACUAAUCAUUAACGUUAGUCAAAAUAGCAGUGGAAACAUGACUCUGACUGUUCUGAUUACAGCAAAUAUCCCAAUAAAAUAUGAACAGAGAUAGAAAAUUCUAUUUUUCAAACUGAGAAUUGAGAAAUUUUUGCCCCAUUGUCCAUCAGAAGCAAAUUUUAGUGUGAAAAUACGUAAGUCUCUGCCAGUGGUAUAAAGGAUUUGUCUCAUAAAUAAACUAUAUAUAUAUGUAAAAAACAAGGGGUCAUCAAAAAGUAAUAAUUAAGGCCAACAACUUUUUACUUUUUGUUGAACAUAUAAUAAUGGAGUUAGCGAGUUUAACAACAAUAUUUGUGACACUGUAACACUACUUGAGUACCGGCUAUAUGAGUUGCUGCUAUCUUAUUAUGCCGUACAAUAUUGUCCUUAUUCUUUAGGUGGAAUAUUACAAUUAGUAAGAGGGAACUUUCUCUCCAUCCUGUGAAGUCAUUAUACUGUAUGCAUGGAUAUAAAAACGUGUUCAUAUGCAAAAUAAAAUCAAAUAUUGAUCUUUGA